UAACGUUGAUAGGGACUACGGCAGAGAAGAGGAAACGUGACUGAAUUCUCCAUCUUGCAUGACAUUACAGAUGAUUUUGCAGAUGACGGGUGAGCUACAGCUUCUGUUUUAUUAGUUUGAACUUCCAUAUUGGUCUUUUUUGUUGGUUAGCUCUGGUUAGCUAAUGGUUCUCCGGAUAAAUGUCUUUUCUUAAUUGUUAAUAAUAAAGUUGGGCUUGUAAUACUGGACAACAUGGCUGAAAAACGUGUCAAGACAUAAUCUUUCAUAUCAAUCGACAUUAAUAAUUAUGGAUUCGUUUUUUUCUGUUUGUUUGUUUCAAAUAUCUGAAAUAUUGACAAAUUAAUGGCGUGACUUUCCAGUUCUGUCCACAGUUUUCGCUCCACCCAACUGUUUAUUUUUGAGCAGCUUCUGCUCAAGUUACUCAACUGGUUGUUGCUAGGUAACCACAGAGAGAGUGAGUAGUUGAUGUCAUAGUCAUGCAUACGUAUUCAUGUCUAGGAGUUGAUGUCACCAACUUUGCUUCGCUGGCCUUGAGAGGUUGAGCGGCUCCUACAUCCCCCAGAAUGCUGUGCGGUUUGUUUGGCGCUGUGACUAUUUCAUGCUAUAUCAGUGUGUUUUAGUUCUUUAAAGUAGGAAGGCCUUUACUGUCUGCUGUCAGAAUUUAACUUGUUUGUUCAGCUAGACUUCUAGCCAAUUAUGCAUAAGUUUAAAACAGUAAGCUAAAUUUUCUACAUAAAUAUGUUGACGGACUAGCCAAUUAUUACAAAAAAAUUAAAAGGCUGUUAUUGCUUAGGAUAGCACAACCGAUUUAUUAUGUUUAGGGAGCAAAUAUUAGUUUCUGCAGGGCCAGAUUGAUUUGAAUAGCUCUCUCCACCUACCCGUGCAUCCAUUGUACAGGUCAUUUUAUCCUUUCAGGGUCAUGAUUAGGAAUAGUGCCUGUGUCCAGGAACCAGAAGGAGCAAUUUGAAUGAAGAACGGGGUGAGAGGAACUCCAUCAGCAUCCUGUUGUGGGUUGUCAACCAUUGCCUGAUGAUGUUGGAGCGAUGGAAACUAACAGAUGUCCUCAGCCUCUUCUGCCUCUUCCUAUUUUCUAAAAAAAAGUUUUUUCGCUGUUGGAAAUUACAGGGUGUUAAUAGGCAGUCCUGUGUAUAAACGGGUAUAAACUGAUGAUACCAACAGAUGAUGGCAGGUUUAAGACGUCCCUUGGCCAGAAGGUCCAUGAUGCCCUCCAUACCAAAAAAUACCAUAACUUCAUUAUUUUCAAAUUCUUUAGUAUUGUUUAUAUUCUUAAAAAUCCCAAAAUAUCAUUAUAAUUCACCUGAUCUGCACCUAUGACUUAUAUAAAGUACAAUGUUUGCAAAAUACACAUUCAUUAAAAUAAAUACGUAUGUGUAGAUGGUAAAUUGACUUUACAUCACUUAUGUGCAAAUGAAAUGAAUGCAAAAAAAAAUAAAUCAAUGGAGAUUAAUGUAUAAUAAUUCUAAGAGAAAAUGAAAGACUAUUUAGAACAAGUAGCGCUUUUGUAACUUUGUGCUUUUAUAAAUUGUACGUCAUUCAUAGCUUCUGCUUUUGUGUAAAAGAACUGCUAAUUGUUCCUGCCAAUGUGUGGGAGUCAAUUACACUGAAUUUCCUUAAUUCCCCAGAUCUUUACCCUGCUAUUAGGGUUUGCCUUAAUGUGACUAUUUAACUCAAAUAAAUUAUGUCUGUUUGGUUUAGCUUUAUUAGUUUUCAAACUUUAGAACCAGCUUAGUACAUCCAUAAGCAGAUUAUGUAUGUACAUGUGCAGUACAACUCCAGCCUCCAAAACACUAAAUUCCCCAAACAUUUCUCUGUGCUGUUAUAUAAAUAACUCAUUUUAUCUGUGACAGAAUUGUCCCAGAACCGAUCUUUGAAGAGUGAGGGAUGAAGUUAGACCCUGUAAUGAAGUUUCAUCUGGCUGUAAGAGCAGGAAGAAAAGGUCUCUCAGGGAUUGUGCAGAAAUGACUGAAGCCUGAAGUCUCUCUGAGAGCGACAUCAGACAAGAUGGAGACUGCGAAUGCGUCUUCCAUCAUUAACAUGACUGGUGGCAGUCACGCCGGCCUCUUUUCAAGGAGCCCAUACACAGAAGCGGAGAUAGUGCUCAUCCUGCUGGCAGCUGGAAUCCUUAGUCUGAUCACUGUCACCGGGAACAUCCUGGUCAUACUCUCCAUAAAGGUAAACAAGAACCUGCAGACCAUCAACAACUACUUCCUGUUCAGCUUGGCCUGUGCAGACCUCCUUAUUGGGAUCUGCUCCAUGAACUUUUAUGCCAUUUUCAUUGUGAUUGACCAAUGGCCUCUGGGAGAGGUGGAGUGCGACCUUUGGUUGAUUGCUGAUUAUGUUGUCAGCAACGCCUCAGUCAUGAACCUGCUCCUCAUAAGCUUUGACCGCUACUUCUGUGUCACUAAACCCAUGACCUACCCAGCAUGUCGCAGCACCAAGAUUGCUGGGAUGAUGAUUGCUGCGGCCUGGAUCCUGUCCUUCGUCCUAUGGACUUCCUUAAUCAUGUCCUGGCAGUUCAUUGCAGGAAGGAGAUCUCUGCUCUUUACUCACUGCCACUGCCAGUUCUUCUUCAACCCAUGGGUGACGUUCGUGGCUUCCAUCAUAACUUUCUACCUGCCGUUGAGCAUCAUGGCCUGCCUGUACUGGCGGAUCGCGAAGACCAGCUACAACAGCAUAAGGAGGAACAGCAGGAGAACCUCAGGUUCAAGUUUAUCAGAAAUUGUCUCCUUCGUCCAAGGGGAAGUGAUCUGUACCACAACCAAACAAGACAAGGAGGAGACUGCAGCUGGGAAGGAGAAGGAAAUGUUGCAGCAGCACAGUGUAACUGCACUCUUCAGAGAAUCGCAGGCAGACCAAAUGGACUCUGCAUCAGAGACUGUCAACGCUUCGACUUCCAGAGAACUUAGCUCAUUAAGGAGCUUUACAAAUGUUUCUGAUCGUAAUGUGAGGGUGCAAAUUCUGGAAAAGUGGAGAAGGAGGGUCAGUACUUGCAGGGAAAGAAAAGUGACACGCACCAUCAUGGCUGUCAUGGUUGCUUUUAUCGUCACAUGGACGCCGUACAACAUGAUGGUCCUUGUCCACGCACUCUGCAACAACUGCGUCCCAAAAACACUGUGGAGCACAUUGUACUGGCUCUGCUACGUCAACAGCACCGUCAACCCCGCCUGCUACGCCCUCUGCAACGACACCUUCAAGAUCACCUUCAAGCACCUGCUCCUGUGCCAGUACAAGAACAUUCGGGGACGAUGGUUUCCUGCCUAGAAUGGAGCUGAAACUCAUGGACUCCCUUAAUAAAAAUAAAGGCGAAAGCUGAAACGGCCAGAAGUGGAUUCUGUUGGUCACUGUGCAUUUCUUUUAAAUCAUGAAAAAUUGUGUGUGUGCUUUAUUAUACUUUAACAAAGACCUGCUACUGUUUUUAAUUCCCCAAAGUUUUUUUUUUAGCUCUGCGGAGUCUUAUUGUGAGAAUUUUAUUUUGUCCCCAUUUGCCUGUGGAGUCCAUCGAUUGUAAUGCUUGUAAAUGUUUAAAUGUGUACACCAACUAUA